UUUUUCCUUCUCAUUCUAAUUUUUCUCCCACACUCAGAACUGAAUAAAAAGAAAAACAAAAACAAACUUGUGGCCUCUGUUCCUUCGACCUCCAUUUUUAUACCCCUCUCUCCGCCGUCCCUUUCUCCGAGAACCUUCCUCUUCUUCCACUCUCUUUUCACUUUUCACCCCUUCUUCUCUCCCAUGGCGGCCGCCCUCUCCGCCGCCUUACUCCCCAAACCAUUCCAUCUCUUCCUCUCUUCCUCCCAUCUCUCCCUUAAACCUCCGACCCCCUUUCUUUUUCCACCUUCUGUCUUCCCGAACAGUAGAUUCCAAUGGAAGAUGCGGAGAAAAACUCUGCUCACUGUCUGCGUACUCGUUGAGGAUCAAAAUAGUUCCGGCGAGGUACACAGUCUCUCCGAUGAAGAAUCGCCGAUUGUAGUUCCUCAGAUCCCAUCGCCUCACGUUUCCGAAAGAUUAGCUAGGAAGAAAUCGGAGCGUUUCACUUAUCUUGUUGCUGCGAUUAUGUCUAGUUUCGGAAUUACAUCCAUGGCUGUCAUGGCGGUUUAUUACCGAUUUUACUGGCAAAUGGAGGGCGGAGAGAUUCCUUUCUCUGAAAUGUUUGGUACAUUUUCUCUCUCUGUUGGUGCCGCUGUCGGCAUGGAGUUCUGGGCAAGAUGGGCUCAUAGAGCUCUCUGGCACUCUUCCUUAUGGCAUAUGCACGAGUCGCAUCAUAAACCAAGAGAAGGACCAUUCGAACUGAACGAUAUUUUCGCCAUAAUCAACGCUGUGCCGGCCAUAGCACUUCUUUCUUACGGCUUCUUCCAUAAAGGGCUUGUUCCUGGACUCUGCUUUGGCGCAGGUCUUGGAAUUACGGUCUUUGGGAUGGCCUACAUGUUCGUCCACGACGGUCUCGUUCACAAAAGAUUCCCUGUGGGUCCCAUUGCCAACGUCCCUUACUUCAGAAAGGUUGCUGCUGCUCACCAGCUUCACCAUUCGGACAAGUUCAAUGGUGUCCCAUACGGGCUUUUUUUAGGUCCCAAGGAACUAGAGGAAGUGGGAGGCUUAGAAGAAUUGGAGAAGGAAAUCAACCGAAGAAUAAAAUGGACGGCGCCAAAAUCAAACUAUGGUUCUUGAUGGACCAAUAUUAUGUGAAAAUUUAAAAAAGAAAAGAAGAAAAAGAAAGCUUUACCUGAGCAGUAACUUUUUUCUUUUUCUAAUAUUAAAAAGCCAAAUAUUAUUUAGUUCAGAGCUUUUUCUUUUUAGUGUAUGAAGUAAAGAAGUAAAAGAAUGAGUAUAGUGAAUUGGGUAC